AUGGAUACCUUGCACGCACGAGCGGACUGGGAGAGCCUGGGAGGCCGGUGGUUCCGCAAGACGCAGCAGUACGCCGAGGUCUUUGAUCAGGACCUCGACCUCGACUGCCGCCUUGCCGGAGCCCCUUAUGCUGGUGCCAUAGCGCUGUGGCGCGACGAGACGAAGCUGCAGGCGCUUCAGCCUGGGAGGUCCUCGAAGACGGCGAUAGACAUCCACAGCCUCGCGGGCAAGAACUUGCGGAGCAUUCCCUGGGACCACGGGGCCAUCAAGGGUCUGGGCUGGUCCGAGGACGAGGCCCUGCUGGUCGUGACGGCCGAGGGCAACGUGCGCUGCUACGACCUGCAAGGUGACUUUAGCAACUUCUCCCUCGGCCACGGCGCCGACAACUACGGCGUCGAAUCCUGCCGCUUUUACAACACGGGCAUGGUCGCGCUGCUGGGCAACAACUCGUUCGUCGCCGUCUCGUCGUACGCCGAGCCGCGCCCGAAGCUGCUGGCCGCCGCUCCCGACGGCGAGAUCCACUCGUGGGCCAUCAUCUCGCCGGAUCACACGCUGUCGAGGUCCGUCGAGGUCCUGGUCAGCGUCGCCUCGACCGUCUACGUCCUCGACGCGGCCGACUGCGAGGAUCGCAUGCUCGACAUUGGGCCUUUCAGCCACAUCAGCGUGUCGCCCGACGGUCGGCACGCCAACCUCUACGGCAAGGACGGAAAGGCGCACGUGAUAUCGAGCGACUUCCAGGAGAAGCUCUUCGAGCACGACUCGGGCUCGCGGACGGCGCCCAAGUACGUCGAGUGGUGCGGCGGCGACGCCCUCAUCGCCUGGGAGGACGAGGUGCACAUCAUCGGGCCGGGCGACCAGUCCCUGUCCUACAUCUACGACAGCACCCGGGUGCACGUCAUUUCCGGUGCCGACGCCCCCUCCUCCCUCCCGCCCCCCCGCGCGCGCUCCGUCGGUCAGCACGAUGGCGCCCGGCUCAUCACAAACGACUACUGCGAGUUCCUCGAGAGGGUGCCGACCGACAGCCUCGAGGUCUUUGGCCACGCGUCCGAGUCGUCGCCGGCGUCGAUCCUGCUCGACGCCGUCGGGCAGCUCGAGAUGGAAUCGCCAAAGGCCGACGACUACAUCCAGCUGAUCAGGCCCAACCUGACGGAGGCGGUGGACACGUGCGUCAACGCGGCGGGCCGGGAGUUUGACGCCCGGUGGCAGAAGAGGCUGCUCAAGGCCGCCUCGUUUGGCAAGUCGGUGCUCGACAUCUACAACAGCGACGACUUUGUCGACAUGUGCGAGACGCUGCGGGUGCUCAACGCGGUCCGCCACCACGAGGUCGGCAUGCCCGUCUCCUUCGAGCAGUACCACCGCCUGACGGCCGAGAAGCUCGUGCGGCGGCUGCUCAGCCGUCACCAUCACCUCCUCGCCCUCAAGAUCGCGGGGCACCUGAAGCUCCCGUCGGACCGCAUCUACGUCCACUGGGCCUCGACCAAGGUGCGGGUGAGCGCCGACGACGACGACGCCGUGUGCCGGCUGGUGGUGGAGAGGCUCUCGGGCAAGGCGGGCAUCUCGUUCGAGGAGAUUGCCCGGGCCGCCCACCACGAGGGCCGGUCCCGGCUCGCGACGGAGCUGCUCAACCACGAGCCCCGCGGCGGGCGGCAGGUGCCGCUGCUGCUGGACAUGGAGGAGGACGAGCUCGCGCUGGACAAGGCGGUGGAGAGCGGCGACUCGGACCUCGUCCUGUUCGUGCUGCGGCACCUCAAGAGGAAGCUGCCGCUCGCCGCCUUCUUCCGCGCCGCCGGCAGGCGACCGGCGGCGACGGCCAUGGUCGAGGCCGCGGCCGUCGUCGAGGGCGACAACGGGCUGCUCAAGGACCUCUACUACCAGGACGACCGGCGCGUCGACGGCGCCAACGUCUUCGUGCGCGAGUCGCUCCGGCAGCCCGACGCCCGGACGGCGUCGGACAAGCUCGCGCUCGCCGCCAAGCUGCUGUCGGACACGAAGGAGGCCCAGCUCGAGCUCCAGGCGCUCAAGGAGACGCGGGCGCUGCUGCGGAUGCAGGAGGCCUUUGACCGCGACCUGACGGACACCUUCACGGGCCUCAGCGUCAACGAGACCAUGUUCAAGCUGAUGCGGCUGGGGUACUCGAGCCAGGCGAAGAAGAUGCAGAGCGAAUUCAGGGUGCCCGACAGGGUUGCCUGGUGGAUCCGGCUCCGGGCGCUCGUGGCGAGGCGCGAAUGGGGCGAGAUUGAAGAGAUUGCAAAGGCAAAGAAGAGCCCGAUCGGGUGGGAGCCCUUUUUCAACCUCACCCUCCAGGCGGGGAACCCUCGGCUGGCGUCCAUCUUCGUGGCCAAGUGCGCGGGCCUCGAGGCCGGGGCGACGGUGACCAUGUACGAGAAGUGCGGGCUGAGGAUCAAGGCGGCCGAGGAGGCCGUGCGACUGAAGGACGGCGAGGCGUGGCAGCGGCUGCUCGACGCCGCGGGCAAGGGAUCGCAGGAGGGGCGAGAGAUUGAGAGGCUCGGGAGCGCCGUGUUUCGGAAAUGA